AUCCACAGAUGGUGCUGAGUAGAGUGAUCAUCCAGCGUAGUACUGGAGCAAGAGAGGCAGAGAGAGGUGGAGAGAUACUACACAGACAAAGUAAGAGGUGGAGAGCUACUGCACAGACGUAGCUAGAGAGAGGGGUGGAGAGAGAAUAACCUCAGUUGUAAACGGGAAGCUUCAGUGAGGAGGACAAAGAGGAAAGAGACACUGCAGAGAAAAAGAGAGAGGGCAAUAAAUACAGAGCAGCCCUGUGGGGACCAAGAGGUAAACUGACCCUGACAGAGCGCUCGCUGCGCUGCCAUCCCCCGGAGGCGCCAGAGAAGCCCUGAGAGAUUUGUCACAUUAAGAAGAGCCCCCCCAGUGCUCUCCACACACACAUGAGCCUACCGCGGCCGCCUCUCUCUCUCACACACGCACACACCAGACCACAAGCCGGGGAACGUAGCCGGACAGAGGAGUGGAGUGGACUGGAUGACAAGAGGAGAGGAAAGUCACUGUUUCACUCAAAAGCCUAGAGGGAGGACCAAGAGGAUUACACCCUGAAAAGGAGUCGCCAUUCCCCUCGUGCCGCUCACCCCUGACCCCCGAAGCAAUCAUGAGCAGCUGCAGGAAGAGGUGCAAGAGGGAAAUGUUUAAAUUCGCCCAGUACCUGUACAGACUCAUCACAGGCACGCUCCAUGCAGACAGCGUGGAGGAUGAGUUGGAGCUUUCAGCUGUCCGCCAUCGCCCCGAGGGCCUGGAGCAACUGGAGGCCCUGACCCGCUUCAACCGCAAGGAGCUGCAGAUCCUCUACCGAGGCUUCAAGAACGAAUGCCCUAGCGGCGUGGUCAAUGAAGACACCUUCAAAGUCAUCUACUCCCAGUUCUUCCCACAGGGAGACGCGUCGAUGUAUGCACAUUUUCUGUUCAACGCGUUUGACACGGAUAAAGAUGGAUCUGUGAGUUUUGAGGACUUUGUUAUGGGCCUCUCUAUCCUCCUCCGAGGCUCAGUCCAGGAGAAGCUCAACUGGGCGUUCAAUCUGUAUGAUAUUAAUAAGGACGGACAUAUUACUAAAGAGGAAAUGCUUGACAUCAUGAAGGCCAUCUAUGACAUGAUGGGGAAAUGCACAUAUCCCCUACUCAAAGACGAUACCCCUCGACAACAUGUGGAGAUAUUUUUUCAGAAGAUGGAUAAAAAUAAGGAUGGUGUUGUAACCAUAGAUGAGUUUAUUGACUGCUGCCAAAAUGAUGAGAACAUCAUGAGGUCGAUGCAGCUCUUUGAAAACGUAAUUUAACUCGUGGCUGACCUGGAGAGCUCUGGACUCAACUAUCAACAGACACCAACCAACAACCGGCAUACGGCGCAAUGGACCACACAAAUCAUACAUGUAAUGGUAUGAAACAUUCUGGAAUAACUGUAAAAAAAAAAGAAUUGAUCUUUACAAUCUUUCCUUUCCAAUUUGAGUUUUGUGGUUUGAUUAAGUAGAUUGAACUCUUCAAAUCUCCUGUGUACAAAGACACACAUAUCUUAACAGCUGUGCUGCAGUCACCAUUUACAGUAUCUGCAGUACAGGAAUCCAGCAAACUGGGUCAUCACUGUUUCACACAGACACAAAAUAAUGAACCCCGCCUAUUUCUAAGAUGUAUCUUCUUAAAAUUGUAUUCCAAACCUUAACCCUGAUUUUAUACCAAACCUUAAAUUAAAACCAAAACACAAAUUUUUGUUUUCAUUAAUUUUUACGAUAUUGCCAAUUUUGCAUUUGUGCCUGUGUUAUCUAGUGGAAACCAGCAAAAUGUGUUAUCUUAUGCCACUGCCUUUGAACAGAUGGACAACAAUGAGCCUGGAAGGUGAAAGUUUGUAUGAUGAAUAGUGACAUAACUGUAUGCUGAAAUCAGGCUCAGAAUUCCAGAAUGUUCCUAACCACUGAGGUUUUUCAGCCACCACGGUCCAUCCUUUGCUCUCCCAGCACCCAAGUAAAACAGACUUAACAUUGUACCAUUUAAAAAAAAGUGUAUAUACUCUAAGAAUCUAUGUGGAACUUUCAACUUUGUUCAUGCUUACUUGCCAACUAAAAUGAGACGAUGCACUCCACGUUGAAUUCGAUGACGAGUCUGGACGGUGAAAAGUAUCAUUAGAAGCACACAGGUAGCUGUUACUUACAUUGAGUAUGCGAUUAGGAGAAACAAUUAUCUUGCCACAAGAUUAUGCUGCUUUUAAAUGUACUGUAUUUUAUUUGACCGUACAUGUCUGUAUUCCCCAUGUGUCCUGUUGACUUGUUUUCAUUCAUGUUUCAAAUAACAAUUUUGCAGGUUACACUGGUAUGUUGGAUUUUAAUUAUAUAGAUAUGAUAUAUGGUAGAUAUGCUAGUCAAUGUCCAAAGGGAUAGUCAGGUGGACAGUAUUAAGCAGAAGCUCACUCUUGGGGGGAAAUGAUGGCCUUUUUGAAUAUGCAAGUUUAUCACUGUCCUUUGCAGAGGGUCACUGGGGUGAAGCUAUACAAGCAAAUUGGAAUCUGUCAUACUUUGGUUUUGAGAGGUAGAUCUGUUGCCCUGUCCAGAAACAACCCCUAUCCCCAACUAUCUAAACAAUAAAAUAAAAAAAACAACAACAUUAUUUCAC